GUUUUUAAAUUGCGUUACUUGAGCCUGGCGACAGAAAUACUUUAUGGCUGCUCCUCCUGUGAGUUAUAACCCUUGGUGGAGCUUCUUUGUUUUGUUCGUUUCUGUAGACUGUUAGCCAUUCCUGUAAAUUUCAGUUUACAAGGCUUGCUCAGAUUGUACAUAAGGCGCAUCUACUGUACGCCGUACUGCGCUUGGGUCAAUAAUAAUUCUGUUUAUGUGGUCAUCCUGAACCACCAUCAAUAAAUUUGAAAACGUCCUAACCAUGUCAUUUCAUUGCCAGUACAAUAUGACAUGUCACAAUGCUGUCAAUGAAUCUCUCUGUAGUGGCUGCUAUUAUAAUAACUUGCUUAGAUAAAUUGACAGUUUAGUUUGAUAGAAUGGAGGGUAUUUUGUUAAAAUGGACAAAUUAUGUUAGCGGUUGGCAACAACGAUAUUUCAUUUUGGACGAUGGAGUUCUGUCGUACUAUCGAUCCAAAGAAGAAAUGAAUAGUGGAUGUAAAGGAUCGGUCAAAUUAUCUGUAUGUGAUGUUAUAGUUCAUAGUUCUGAUCCACGAAGAUUUGAUUUGAUCCUUGAUGAGCAAAGAUAUUAUUUGCGUGCUUUAUCGCGGGCAGAUCGACAAAGAUGGGUUAUUGCACUUGGUAGUUCAAAAGUAGGCACUGCACAAUUAAAGUCAGAAGGCGUAAAUAUAUAUGAACCUUCACAAACCCAAUUAAUCGAUAAUCAUCGUUCUGAAUUGCGUCUUUAUCAUAAUUUAAUGGUACAACAAGUCAAAGAGAUUCAAAGCGAACUAAAAGAAGGUACGGUCCCAGAUAUGAAUCGUAUUGAUGAAUUAACUAGUAUGUUAAACGCAUCUUGCUCCACAUUCUUAAUAACUUUGGAUGAAUUAAUGAUUUUAAGUAAUGCACAAGCUCCAUGGUUAAGUUCCAUAUUAACAGGAACAACAUUGGAGACAAGUCCUACUAUGUUUCGAAAUAAAUCAUCUCUUACCAAUACAGAUUCUUGUAAUAUACAUUCACCAAAUAUGAGUAAUAAUCUUUGUUCUUCAUUGACGAACGAUCCUAUCUUUCGAAAUUCACAUGCACAAUCAUCAUUAAAUCGUCGUCACUUCAAUGCUACACGAAAAUAUCAAACAUUUUUCUCUACUUUAGAAUAUAGUUUUGAAGAGAUUAAACCAUCUAUACCUAUUCAACCAAUUCCAGAUAAUGAUAAUAUAAAACUUCCUGGUGAUUAUUUAUCAGCAUUAGAAUUUGUUAAAGCAUCUAAAUGUUUAUUGCAUUUUCUUGAUCGAUUAAAUAAUACUAAUAUGAAUCAAAUGAAUUGUACAUUAAAUAAUCAUUUAUCAACUUCACGUACUUAUAUUGCAUUACAACAAGUUCGUCAACGUUUAUUAGAUUAUUUAAAUUGUAUUGAAUUUCAUGUUGAAAUGCAUACUUCUACAACCAAUAUUAUUAAUGAUAAUCAUGAUAAUGAUGAUGAUGAUCAUCAUCAUCAUACUACUACUACUACUAAUAAGACUACUGUUAUCGGUGGAACAGAUGAAAUUUUAUCCAUUGAUAGUAAAGAGAAUCAUAAUGAUACAAAUGUAAAAAAUCAUUGUAAUAUUUUAUUUAAAAAAGCUCAACUCAGUUUAGGUUAUCUUUUACGAUAUGAAAUAAAACAUAAAGAAUCAAUUCAUGAAAAUAAUAAUAAUUCAGUUUAUAUGGCUAUUCUAUGGUUAUGUAGAUGGUUGAAUUUUGUCAGAGAAUUUAUUCAUCAUUUAUUCUGUUUACCGGAUCCAUCUUCACUUAUUAAUAAUACAUUGAAUUCUGAUACAAGCCUCGUUACUAUUGCAAAUGAAGCGUAUACACGAUGUUUAAGACCUUUUCAUUCAUGGUCUGUACGAGGUAUGGCUAUGGUUAUUAUGCAAUCACUUCCUUCACGUUUAUACUUAUUUGAAUUAUUAUUAAUGGAUAAUCCAGAAACAAUAUCAUCGUCAAUAACUUCACCGAUUGGAUUAACUCCUGGGUCUUUCAAUGAAACUAAAUUAUUAUUAAUACGUUAUCCAGAGGCAUAUAUUCAAUUAAAAUCAGAUGCUACACGUUAUUCAGAAGCAUUAGGUCGUUUCUUAACCCUAAUCGAAGGUCUUUUAGCCAGUUUAGAUUUAAAUCGUAUAUUCACCGGAUCGGAAAGUUAUUAAUAUUAUAUAUAUAUAUAUAUAUAU